AUGGUGGUUCAUGGCUGCUCAGCUAAGGCUGAUGCAGACCCGCUGGUGCAUGCCUUCGCGCUCCGUUCAGACUUGGACCGUGCUCAGCCUAAACAGGAUGAAGAGUCACGGGAUGACCUGCAAGCGAACCGAUUUGUAGAUCGUUUUUCAGAGCCCCUGAGUGAGGUUGUGCGCGUCGCUUAUGUCAGCCGUUCCGUGAAUAUAUCUCACCUCGCAAAUGUGGCUCGUGGACUGGCCAUUUUUGAAGUUCCUCUGAAAAACACGUCCCAUGUCGAGGAUUCCAGAAUGAUCAAUUAA